AUGGGUCCUUCCAAGACGAAAACGAUCAAGAACAAGCACGCCGCCAACAAGUCCGGCAUCAAGAACAGCAAGGCGAGCGACCGCGACAGGAGCACCGUCCCCGAUGGCAUCGUCAGGAAAUCGAGAGACACCCCCAAGGGCACCAAGCCGCUGAAGGGCAAGGGCAAAUCCGGCCUGGAGGCCCUGCUGAAGAAGCGCAAGAAGAAGGUCUACACCGAGAAGGAGCUCGACAUCCCCAAGCUCAACACGAUCGUUCCCGCGGGCGUGCAGAAGCCCAAGGGCAAGAAGAAGGGCAAGGUUUUCGUCGAUGACAGGGAGAGCAUGAACACCAUCCUGGCCAUGGUCCAGGCCGAGAAGGAGGGUCAGAUCGAGUCCAAGAUGAUGAAGGCGAGACAAAUGGAGGAAAUUCGCGAGGCCCGCCGGGUAGAGGCCGAAAAGAAGGAGGCGGAGAAGAAGGCAAAGUUGGAGGACACCAAGGACUCCCUCCGCAAGAAGCGCAAGCGCAACAUCGGCGCCGAGAACGAGAAUAACAUCAACGACAUCGCCGUCGCCGGAUCCAAGGCCGUCAAGCCGAAGAAGAAGAAGAGCGUGUCGUUCGCGUAG